UGUGCAGUACAGUCUGCAGGCAGCACACUAUAGAGCAGGAGGAGCGGAGCAGUCUAAUGUAUAAUUAUGUGGGAAGAGAUUCAGUAUAACGUACUUUAAUCAUAGUCCAGUGGGCGGUCCUACUCUUUUACAAGCUCCUCCCCAAGAGAAGGUUUUCCACAUGGAUAAUUUUAUUUAAUGGGUCUUCUGUCCUUAAUCCCUGGAACACGAUGCACGGUCGGCUUAAAGUAAAGACUACUUUGGAGCAACAGGAGGCGAAGAACAAGGAGAGAGAGAAAAAGCUACAACUCUAUGUGAGCGCCACACAGGCUGCAUUUAAUAAGCGGAAAGCCGGGCAGUUGGAUAAAGAAGCACUGGAAUUAACAGCUCAGAUAUUGGCUUUAAACCCAGAUUUUGCCUCAUUAUGGAAUUUAAGACGAGAAGUUUUUUUUGCAUUUGCAGCUGACAGGUCAGAUGAAGAGAUGGGUUCACUGUAUGUGGCAGAGCUCUCCUUUCUAGAGAGCUGUCUACGUGUCAAUCCAAAAUCCUAUGGCACGUGGUAUCAUCGUUGUUGGAUCAUGCAGCACAUGCCAGAACCAGACUGGUCACGGGAGCUGACACUUUGCAAUCGAUUUUUGGAGAUUGAUGAAAGGAACUUUCAUUGCUGGGAUUACCGAAGAUUUGUUACCCAUUCAUUUCAUGUUCCACACUCUGAAGAACUUGAAUUUACUAGCAGCCUUAUCACCAAAAACUUCUCCAAUUACUCAUCUUGGCAUUAUCGGAGCAAGCUUCUUCCCCAGAUUCAUCCAGACCCACAGCAUCUAGGCCGAGCCACUGAAGAUGUCCUGCUAUCAGAGCUGGAACUUGUACAGAAUGCGUUCUUCACAGACCCAAAUGACCAGAGCGCCUGGUUUUACAAUCGGUGGCUUCUUGGAAGAGCUGAUCUUCCUCUCUCUAUCCGAUGUAUAUCUGUUGAUGUGGUUGGUUCCUGGGUAUCGGUGACUUUUACUCAUCCAGUUUUAAUAUCCAUUUUGAUUGUCUUAUGUGAGAUACACGCGCCCUAUACAUCAAGACGUUUGGCACAAAGUGAUCUGAUACUGUUUAUUGAUGAAAAGCCAGUAAUGGUCACAUGGAGAACAUCUGAUGGAAAAGCCAAGCCAAGUUUACUCUGGGUCUGUGAAUUCCCCAAAGAGCGUCUCAGUGACAAAUGUCAGCAUAAAUUUAAAGUUAUCUGGAAGGAUGGAGAAGCUCAAAAAGAGUGCGUCUUAUACCCAGGAAAACAGAGCACAUGGUUUCGAGAUUCCGCAUCAGAGGAUAAAAUCUUCAGUUUGGAGCUGUCAGAGGGAAAGAGCAACGUGUUACAACAGGAAUUGCAGUCUUGCAAGGAGCUGCAGGAGCUGGAGCCUGAAAACAAGUGGUGUCUACUGACUAUAAUUCUCCUAAUGCGUGCCCUGGAUCCAUUACUUUAUGAGAAAGAGUCACUCUGUUACUUCAAUACACUGAAGGUCGUGGACCCAAUGCGUUCGGGUUACUAUGAUGACCUGCGCAGCAAGUUCCAGAUAGAAAAUGCGAUUUUAAAAAUGGAAUAUGCAGAAGCAAAUGUGAUCAUUGUUUCACAUAAGGAUCUCACGCGAUUGUAUCACCUAGACCACUUGUUAUUGACCAGUCACAUGUGUCUUUCGAAUAAUAAGCUUCGUAGUCUUCCCAGUGAUUUCUCCAUGUUGCGAUAUAUUGAGGUGCUGGAAGUAGACAAUAAUGAGAUUUCACAUCUAGAAGGAGUGUGGAAUUUACCAAGGCUCGAAGAGUUGUCUUUGCAGUUUAAUAAAAUUGAGAAUGUUCUGAACCUCCAAGCUCUUUGUAGCUGCCCUCGACUCUCUGUCCUACGUUUACAAGAAAACCCCAUAUGUGAAACUGCAGAUGCCGAAGACAAGCUCAGAGCUCUUCUACCGCAUGUGUCCCUUAUUGAGAUCUGACAUAUGUAUUGUGGCCGUUAUUAUUGUCACAUUAUAAAUAAAGAAUUUCCGUUCUA